CGAUAAAAACAAGAUUUUAGGUAGUGGCAGUGCCCACGCACUUAUAUUAUACACAAAAAAGUGUACGUUUACGUCACGUCUUGCUUGUGAGUUGCGACUUGUGAGUAGUCCUCCAUUAUUGGUUCUUCUGAAGCCAGAAAAUCAAAACGUGAUUGUUUCUUUUGAGCAGCGGAGUGUGCACAGAACCUGAAAGACUGUUGAUCAAGAGCCCAAAAUUUAAUCUUUUCAAGAAAAAGUGACAAAAGGCCCCACAUAACCAGCCAUGCUCGGCAAUGGAGUUAUCGGGAUUUUAUCCGAGUCCACGAACAAGUGGGAGAGAAGGGUACCCUUAACCCCUUCACACUGUGCACGUUUGCUCCACGGAGGAAGCGGGAAAAUGGGGGUGGCCCGCAUAAUCGUGCAGCCCUCCACAAAGCGAAUUCAUCACGAUGCACUUUAUGAAGAUGUCGGGUGUGAGAUUUCCGAGGAUUUGUCCGAAUGUGGUCUAAUUUUAGGCAUCAAACAACCACAGCUGGAGAUGAUACUUCCUGAUAGGGCGUAUGCGUUUUUCUCACAUACGCACAAGGCACAGAAGGAAAAUAUGCCUCUUCUUGAUAAAGUUUUGGCAGAGAGAGCCACUCUUUUUGACUAUGAGCUUAUAGCCGCUGACCAUGGGUAUCUUAAUCUUGGAUACUCGACACCUUUUCUCUCAUUGGGCGCAUCUUACAUGUAUUCUUCACUGGCUGCUGCUAAGGCUGCCGUAAUCUCUGUGGGUGAAGAGAUUGGUACAAUGGGACUUCCAUCAAGAAUCUGCCCACUCGUCUUUGUUUUUACUGGUGCGGGAAAUGUUUCUCAAGGAGCAAGAGAGAUAUUUAAGCUUCUUCCUCACACGUUUGUGGAACCCAGCAAACUUCCAGAUCUUUUUGAGGCCAAUGAUCAUACUCAUGAAAGACGAACUUCCAAAAGAGUUUUCCAAGUAUAUGGUUGUGUUGUGACUUGUGAAGACAUGGUGGAACACAAGGACCCUAACAAAGUCUUUGAUAAGUUGCAAGAACUGAUGAGAAAAGGCUGCCCUCUAGUCGGGAUCUCGGAUAUAACUUGUGAUAUGGGUGGCUCGAUAGAAUUUGUGAAUCAAACUACAUCGAUCGACUCACCUAUCAUUAGGUAUGAUCCGAAUGAUAAUUCGUACCAUCAUGACAUGGAAGGCGAUGGCGUUAUAUGUUCAGCUGUUGACAUUCUUCCAACAGAGUUUGCCAGAGAAGCUUCCCAACACUUCGGUGAUAUUCUAUCCCAAUUUAUUGGAAGCUUAGCUUCCUUGAAAAACCUUGAAAUAUUACCCGCACACUUAAGGAGAGCUUGCAUAGUCUAUAAAGGAGCACUGACCUCCUUGUUUGAAUACAUUCCUAGAAUGAGAAAGUCUAAUACUGAGGAUUCAUCACAAGCUCCACAAACUUCGCAGCCCACAAUGAAAUUCUCUAAACUGAUAUCUUUGAGUGGCCAUUUGUUCGAUCAAUUCCUGAUAAAUGAGGCUUUGGAUAUCAUUGAAGCAGCCGGUGGCUCCUUCCACUUGGUCAAAUGCCAAGUUGGUCAAAGCACGGAUGCUAUGUCUUACUCAGAACUUGAAAUCAGUGCAGAUGACGAAGCAGUUCUGGUUAAAAUUAUUGAUUCUUUGACCUCACUUGCGAAUUCAAGUGAGAGUCAAGUACACAGUAACCAAAAUAUAAUAUCACUAAAGAUGGGAAAAUGCGACGAAACUGGCCUUGAGAAGGAAAAUGGGAUAAAAAGUGAAGCCGUGGUCCUCAUUUUAGGCGCUGGCCGAGUUUGUCGACCAGCUGUGGAAUUUCUAACAUCACUAAAUCGUGGUUCAUCAAAAAAAUGGUUCAACUCAGACAUGAUGGAUGACUUAAAAGACAAGUCUGUUCGUGUUAUUGUUGCUUCUCUUUUCCUGAAAGAAGCGAAAGAGAAUACCGAAGGAAUUCUGCAUGCAACAGCAGUUCAGCUGGAUAUUACUAAUACGAACGACCUCCAUAACUACAUUUCACAGGUUGAUGUGGUCAUCAGUUUACUGCCUCCUAGUUGCCACAGUAUCAUAGCAAGUGCAUGUAUUCAGUUUAAGAAACAUCUUGUCACCGCUAGUUAUGUGGAUGAUUCAAUGUCCAAGCUGGAUGAAUUAGCAAAAAGCUCUGGUGUGACAAUUCUGUGUGAGAUGGGAUUGGACCCUGGAAUAGACCACAUGAUGGCAAUGAAGAUGAUCAAACAAGCGCAUGCACGAGGUGGAAACAUUAAGUCUUUUACUUCUUACUGUGGUGGGCUUCCAUCUCCCGAUGCUGCUAACAACCCAUUAGCUUACAAAUUUAGUUGGAGUCCUGCAGGUGCUAUACGAGCUGGCCGCAACCCAGCCAUAUACAAAUAUAAUGGAGAAAUUAUUCGUGUUGAUGGUUUUGGAGAAAUAAUGGGAACAUUAGCAAGAAUUGGUUUCUUCAAUACCGAGACAAGCCCCAUGCUAAAAAACGAGACGAGGCCAAUGUAUAGAACCUUUUUACUACAACUUAUGGGGUGUGAUGAUACAAAGGACUCGUCAUCAAUAGGUGAAAAAUGGAUUGCGGAUCGGAUAAUUUCUCUUGGUUUAAGCGAACAAGGUGAGGCAGCACUAAAGACUGCCAAAACUAUUGUAUUUUUGGGGUUUCACGAGAAGGAAGAAAUACCAAAGACGUGCCAAAGUGCAUUUGACGUCACAUGCCACCGCAUGGAAGAAAGAUUGGCAUAUUCUGGCUCCGAAAAGCUUACACUUUAA